CCUUUGGGCUCCCUACAUCAGGAUGAUUCUGUGAGUAUCAAAGAACAAACUCACACAGGUGUCAACCCCACAGUGAACAGACGAAAAAUGGGGUCAAGUCGAAGACAUAAAGGAAGACAGCCUGUCAAGGACUUUGUUGCUGUAUCAGACAUGGACCUAAAAGACGAAGUUAUAGAAAAUACCUGGGGGGAUGAGGCCUUUGAAACAAUGAAAAUGUCAUCUGCAACAGAGACAACAAGGCAGGAAAAAUUCAAAGACCAAACCGACCCAGGAUUCGAACCCACUGAGGACAUAAGAAGAAUUUGUUCAACUGUGAAUGAAGAAGAUAACACACAAAAUAUGCAGGAGGAAGGCACAAUUUUGUCAGAGAAUGUCAAAGAUGACUCUGUCAAAUCCAAUGAGGAAGUCAGUGAGAAUGUAGAUGAUGCACAUAAGAGCCAACAAGAGACACAAGAAAAUUCAGAUUACAGCGAAAACUUGCAAAUAAAAUCCAAACAGAGGAGAAGAAAGUUGGCCUCUAAUCGCAGGGAUCUCAUAAGGAAACUAGGGAAAGAAAUGGACAACAAAGACGAAACAGAGGAAAGCAACUUACAUGCAGAAUCUGAUAUAAGAAAUCUUGACAAGGUGGAAAAGGUGGCAGAGAUACCAAUAGUAGUAACAACAGAUGUAUCACAAAAUGAAAAGGCAAAACUAUCACUGAGUACUGUGUAUGAAGAACAGGAAAUGAAUGAAGCCAGCACUGUUCAAGAUCAGGAGCAAAUGGGACAUAGCAGUACCUGUGAAAUGCACAGUACAGAGAGAAAUAUGAUAUCCGGCCUAGAUGAUUUAAUGGCUCUCCUUCCUGAAGAAUCUGCCUCCUUCAGUGAGGAAGUAGUUAAUGCUAUUAAGUCUUUUCAGGUACCUGAGACUGACCCAGGAGACAGAAAUGUAGUUGUUAGUGUGGAAACACCUCCAGUAGAUGAUGAUAAAAGCACAGAGACUUUUUGUGAGACCACACAAAGUGAGAAAGGACCAAAAGACAUAAAAGUAAUACAGGGCCAAGAUACUAAUAAAAAAGAGGCUUUGAAACAGACAACAGAAGCACCUGGUGUAGCUGUGGCAGAUUUGGAAAUUGUGAAAUCUGCAAUCAGAGGAGCUGAAGAAGGGCAUAAGAAUGUCCAGGAUAAUAUACAAGAGCCAAAGGAUGUGAAUGAGGGAGCGCACAAUACAAACUUUGAGGUGAAGACUUCAAGUCCAAAUCUAAAUCAGACAAACAGGAGAAGAAAGUUGGGCUCUUCACGUAGGAGUCAAAAGAAGGAGGUGGAUAAUCAGGCAACAGAAACAAAUAUAGGAGAUGCAAUGACUGAAUGUGUCUCUGGCAUCAAAGAGAAAGAGCUACAGCUUCAGAAAGAACACAAAGACGGUGACUCUGAACCAGGGAAAGAAAAAGUUUUUGAAACAGUGGAGUACAGCCACACUGGUGAUUCUUACACAGAACCUCCGAGUCACCAGACAGUUGAAGAAAAUCCUGCUGUCUCAGGCCAGCUGGUUGAAACAGAGCAUCAUCUGACUCCAGAAGAUAUCCCUGUAAAACUAGCCACCUCUCCCAAAUAUGAAGCAAUGUCAGAAUUAGCAUAUGAAGGGAGAAGAAGAAAAUUGGGAUCUCACCGGAAGUCACAUGGACACCAAACUGCAAGAGAGGGCAGAAUAAUAGAAGCAGAAACUGGGAGAGAUGUCAAAACAAUCACGGAUAAGAGUGGCAUCAAGACCUUGGAAGAGAACAGAGAAGAAUCAGAGGUUAUUGAAAGUGACAAGAAACCAUCAUCCAACAUCAGCAUCUCAAAGACAGGAGAGCCUGUGAGUGAGAGGAUUUCAGUCCAACACCAUUAUGCUGAAGUCCGCCUGGGUCAAGAGAGUCAAAAAAGUCUUUCUUUAGCAGAUAAUUACAAAGGAGCAAACCGUUACAAUGUGGUCAUGAUUGGAGACAGCAGUGUGGGCAAGACCUCCUUCAUGAAAAGAGCUCAAAGUGGGAAGUUUUCUUUUGAUUUACCUGCCUCUGUUGGUCUUGAUUCAUGCUUGUGGAAUGUGGUGGUGGACGGAAAACCUGUGGUGCUACAGUUGUGGGAUACAGCAGGACAAGAAAGGUUUCACAGCAUCACCAGACAGAUAUUUCAUAAAGCGCAGGCAUUUCUCUUGAUAUAUGACAUCACUUCCUCUGAGAGCUUCUUUGCAGUCCGCUACUGGGUAGACUGUAUUAAGGAAGGGGCUAUGGACGAUGUGACUGUUUUACUUCUUGGGAAUAAGAGUGAUUGUUCAGAGCGUAAGGUUGCCACUCAGGAAGGGGAAAUUCUCGCUAAGGAGUACAACUUUGACUUCAUGGAGUGCAGCGCUGCCACAGGUGAAAACGUGGUUCAGUCUUUGGAAAUUGUGGCCAGGCUAUUGAGUCAAAAAGUUGACACAACAAAGGAUGCCGUGGUGUUACGCAAAGAGCCUCAACAGAAAAAAGCAUCAGGAUGUUGCUGAACAGAUGUGAAGUGGUGAAAUCCUGCACACAGUGGACAUACUGAACUGGCUUUUCUGAAUAUUUCUGAUAUUUCUUUUGUCUUGCAAAAUGCUUCAGAUAAUUUUUCUAUAUUCUCUAAAUUUUAUCUUGUUAGACAAAUCUUCCUUGCGGAAUAUUAAAGACUACCCGUUCAAUUUCAAAUUAUCUCGCUGAUCAAUAUUUAAAGAGUCUUGUUCCAGACUGAGAUAUUCCCAUUUGAAGAUGUAAUAACUUAUGUACUGAGAAACCAUUUUUAUUACUUAAAGCACUUUCUCUUUCAAAAGUUUCUGAGGUUACUGAUUUAAAAAUGAGUUGUUUCCUCAAAGAGAAUUAUUAACUAUAUUGCACAGCUGUUGAAUGUUUGUUUGACGGUGUCUCUAUUUUAUGGAAAUUAAUGAUUAAUUUUACUUUCAUGAACAAAUAUACUUUAAAUGUGUAUAUAUAUAUAUAUAUACAUAUAUAUAUAUAUAUAUAUAAACCUUUAAAUAUCACCAUCUUUGUUCUGUCUUAACGGGCAAAUUACUUCUUGGAAGUUACAGAACAUGGUACCAAUUGUUAUUAUCAAGGGUCUAAUAAUAUCUAAUAAAUGUAGUUUUUCAGUGUUUACAAGCAACUUGUGCAAUAUGUGAGCAAAUCUUUUCAUUUUAGCUGUUCAAGUACAUAAUUUUAUUCAAUUAUUUUAUUAAGUUUAUUAUGAUUUUGUACAUUUAUCAUUUGUUCUAAAUGAUGUAGGCAAUCUGUGCACUUUCCACACAGCUGCCAGGUCAGCCAGAUAAUCAUAAAUCUAUUUUAUCCUCCUAUAAUUUAAUGAUUAACAUGCCUUAAAUCUCAAUGUUAUUUUUUUAUUUUUGUGUAUUUCCUUUUCACUUGUGUCCCUGUAUUGUGUUCUAAAUAUCUUUAAUCAAAUUGCUGUAAUGAUAUGUCUCAUGCUUAAUAAAC